UCAAAUACUGUACGUAAAAGGUUCAUAUCGCGGAUCGAUCACCUUGCAUUCACAAGGUUUAGCAAAGUUGUAUAAAAUGAUGUUUGCCGAAGCUGAAAAUUCAACCAAUCCACAACCGUAUAUCGCCGCAGUAUUCUCAUCCAACAAUAUUAAGGAAAACAUGUUUGUACUUGGUGAUGGCAGAAUUACAAGUGAUUCAAUAAGUGAUACUUCGCAUUUCAAAGAAUAUCUUAAUGGUCCGCUGGAGCCUGGCACUGGUUACAGUAUUUUUCAAAGGAUUAUCAUCAAUGACAAGGGAGAUUAUUACUCGACUGACUGGAGUCCUGUUUCACAAACGACAAGUCAUCCAGUCCAAGCUUCAUGCACGAAGUCAGAGGGAAACGACGCUGGUUCUAAUUCUUAUCUUGUCGGAAUGAUUGUAUUAAUCAUUCUCCUGAUUGCUUCGUUCGUAAUCAUUGCUUGUUUGGCUUAUCAAAAACGUAGAUCCAGAUUACAAAACACUUCGGGCAAUAGUACAAAGGAGGAUAAAAAAAUCCGGCAUAUAUUUCUAAUGUACCAGAAACUAGUAAUGCAAAUAUUUACGACCCCGUGGACGAUGAUCAGGCGACGUAUACCGAACUUCAGAAGAGAGAAAGUGAUGAUCACUUAUACUGUCACUUAA